GAAUAUGAAAGGAGUGGGCAAUCAAGCAGUUCCAUAUCUCCCAAGAAGUAUGUAAAAAGGAACCUGGACUUUGAGCCACUUUCAACCACAGCCCUUAUACUGGAGAACCGCCCAGCGAAUCUUCCUGCAAAGCCUGAGGAAGAAGCCCAGAAACACAGACAAGAAUAUGAGGAGAUGGUGGCUCAGGCCAAGAAGAGAGAGCUGAAAGAGGCCCAGAAACGGAAAAAACAACUAGAGGACAGGU